UUUAAUUAAUUAUUUAUCAUAUAUAUACUUUUGUGGGCGUGGAAUUGCUAACCAUUACUUUAAGGUAAAGGAAAUGGUUAGUAAAUCAAAGAAGACUAAUGCAGCUAAGAGGGAUGUGUUUAAAUGGACUGAGCGAAUGGACGAUGCCUUCAUUGAUGCACUUGUUCAUCAACAAAGGUUGGGAAACAGGGUUGACAAUAUUUUCACAACAGCAGCAUAUGAUAAUAUGUUGAAGGAAUUGCGUGAAAAGAUUGCAAUGCCAUUUCAGAAAGAUCACUUGAAGAAUCGUUUGAAAAGCCUCAAAAAUAAUUUUAAGGAGUGUUUUGACCUUUUCAAUGGCGUAAGUGGUUUUGCAUGGAGCCCAGAAACAAAAAUGUUUAGUGCAAAGCCUGAAGCUUGGAAAGCCUUUGUGAAGGAAAAACCAGAGGCAAAGAAGUGGAUGACUACACAAAUUGCCCAUUAUGAUAAGCUGGUAUUACUUUUUGCCAAAGACAGGGCAAAAUCCAACGGUGACAACAGUACAAAACAGAAAGCAGGUGCAUUGGCUACUGUUGCCAGUGGCCGGUGUUUUGAUGGUAUUGACAGGCUGCAAAAUGAAGUUACACCUAUUCUUGAUCUGGAGGAUUUAAAUGAGAUGAACGAUGGUACAAGUCAACUAGCAACUCCUGUUGAAGCAAAUUCUCAGACAGAUUCUCAAGCGCAUUCUCACUCUGCAACAUCACUUAAAGGCAAAAAACGCAAGGCUCCAAAAGUUGAUAUCUUUGAGAGAGAGUUUAAAAGCAUAAGGGAAGCUAUUAAAGAUGUGGCAGAGGCAAUUAGGGAGGGAAACAUAAUUGCAGAGAGAGGACGCCAUCGUGUUUACUCAGAACAGGAAGUUUUUGCAGAAUUGGUGAAGAUAGGAUUUGAAAGGCAUCUGCGCUACAAGGCUUAUACCUUCCUUAUUGCAGAUGCCGGAAGAGUAAGGGCAUUCUUUGGUUGCCCAGCUGGGGAGCGCAAGGAUUUUUUGGUGCAGAUGAUGUAUAAUCCUGAAAACCCUUGAAAUGUUAGAUGGGAGCGUUAGUUGGAUAAUACAGAACUCUUCAUGUUUGUGGUGUUGCUUGAAGAGUUUUCAACAUGAGUAGUUAUUAUAGAGUAGUUUUUUCCAUUUUUUUCUUUUUUUUUGGAGGAGGGGCUGUGGUUGAGGAAUAGUGUAAGGAACCAUGAUCAUGACUCAGCCGUUGUAUAUAAUGGUAAUUAAGGAAUCCAACACCAAUUUUUUUGUUCUAA